GAAAAGACAAGAGACAUUAAUUAAUUGUAAAUUAAUGGACUGCAAUUUAUUAUUGUAACUUAAUAUUUUGCAUUUAUAUUAGAUGAUUGAUAAAUUUUUAUUUACGACAAAAAAAAAACGUGCUAACAUUGUUCUAUACCAAAAAACAUAUGGGAUUCACUUUUUGGAGAAGGCCCCAAGAGGUUCAAAAUUUAAACCUUUAAUGCAUAUCACAAGAUUCUUUACGAAAAUCGCCCAUAUUCUUUCAAAUAUAUUUAAGUAUAAAUUAAGGAUUUUUUUUUUCAAAUUUGUUUUUUUUAGGGUACAAAAAGUCAAGCUUGACCAAGCCUUUUUCAAAUUUUUAUUUUAUAUUUUUGAAUUCCCAUCAAGUCAAUUAAAAUUUAUUGUUUUGAAUCGUAUGUGCACAUAUACCGGCUGAUUACAAUGAUAUGUUACGUCAGUAGGUAAGAAGUGCGCAAAUCGAAACGUUUAAAAAAAAGUAAUGGAAUUGGAGCGAGAUUUCGGAAAACUUCUCAUAUUAAUAACAAAAUAUAUAAAACACAAAUUUUCGAGAUACUUAAGAGUCACCCAUCAUUAUGAAAUUGUACAGACCAAAUAUGGCCGAGUACAGGGACGUCAGUGUAAAAAUAUUUACAACGAAUUUGGAUUGUAUUAUGCCUUUGAGGGCAUACCCUAUGCCAAGCCACCCUUGGGAAAAUUGAGGUUUCGUGCACCUCAGCCACCAGAGCCAUGGCAUGGUGUACUCGAUUGUUUUAAUUGUAAACCAAAACCGGUGCAGAUCAAUUUAAAGACCCUGUGGUGUGAGGGAUCCGAGGAUUGUCUGUAUUUGAAUGUUUACACAAAGAAGCUCCAAAGUACAACCCCCUUGCCCGUUAUGGUACUGAUUUUUGGUGGAGGCUUUCAAGUAGGAUUUUACGAUUACUCCAUCUAUGCUCCUGACAAUCUUAUGCAAAAGGAUGUCGUCUUUGUUAGCUUCAAUUACAGAUUGGGGCUCUUCGGCUUCUUGUGUUUCGAUGACCCGGAUCUCCAAAUACCCGGUAAUGCUGGACUAAAAGAUCAAGCUAUGGCCCUAAGAUGGAUAAAGAAAAAUAUACACAAAUUCAAUGGAGAUCCCGAAAACAUUACCGUUUUUGGACAAAGUGCUGGCGGGGCAUGUAUCCAUUAUAUGAUGUUAUCACCACGACUGAGGGGUCUCUUUAACAAGGCUAUAAUUCAAUCAGGCUCGGCAUUUGGAUCCUGGACCAUGACGGAUCGUCAUGAUUGGGGUUAUAAAUAUGCCCGGGUUUUGGGUUAUGGUGGCAGCCGCAAAUACAAACAAGUCUACGAAUAUUUGAAACAGCAAAACUCACGCCGUUUGGGCUCAUACUACCACUCGCUGUUGACCAAAGAAUUAGUGCUGGACCAUGUGAUUUUAUUUUUUGUACCUGUUGUUGAACCUUAUAUUACAGAAGAUUGCAUAAUUGCCAAACCUCUCAUGGAAUCGCUGGCCAGUGUCUGGGGCAAUGAAAUUCCAUUGAUUAUAGGUGGCACGUCCUCCGAGGGAUUAUUUAGCCAUGCUGUGGUCAAAAAACAUCCCUAUAUUAUAACUGAGUUGGGGGAUUUUGUCAAUUUUCUGCCACCGGACUUGAGAUGUCUCCACAGCGAUCAAGAUCUAAAGGAAUUUGGAGCAAAGCUAAGACAAAUAUAUUUCAAUGACAAACAACCCAACGUAGCAGAAGAUAAGUUGACAUUUUUGCAAAUGUCUAGUCACAAAAUGUUUUGGCAUGGCUUUCUUCGGACAAUGAGGGCCCGCCGCAAAUACGGAAGUGGGAGUGCUGCCACCUAUUGUUAUCGUUUCGAUUAUGACUCAGAAAUGUGUAAUCCAUAUCGUUCCCUAUGCUGUGAUAGUUCGGUGAAGCAGGGCGUUUGCCAUGGCGAGGACAUGUCAUAUUUGUUUUAUAAUUUUAUGAACGGCAAGUUGCCUGUGGGAGGUAAAGAUUUCAGAGUAAUGCAAAAUUUAGUCUCAAUGUGGUAUAGCUUUGCAUUGACAUCUAAUCCGAAUUGUAAGGAGAUUGCUCCCGUGCAGUGGGAAGAGGUGAAAGAUUUUACUAGACACCUUCGAUGUCUUAAUAUUAGUGAACCCAUUGAAUGUAUUGAACUGCCAGAGUGGGAUAAACUUCGGUUUUGGGAUGAAAUGUAUGGCGAGGAGAAUUUGGUAUAA